GUCUCUUCAUAUUACGCCCUCUGUCUGUCUUUAUCAAACCCGCUUUUCCAUCUUCUCUCUCUCCUCUUUUCUCUCUUCUCCAAUGUUCAAAAUUUUGACGAGGCUUUCUUUUAUCACUCCGCAACCCUAACCCCACCAACGCAUCCAUUCCAACACUGUCGGAACCCAUCCGCACCCGAAAGCUUUUCUUCUUGGUCAACUAUCAAAUCUCCUGUAAAUUCUUGUUCGCGGGUUUUAUUUAGAUGAGUGUUGCCGAAUCUCCGGUACAUUCGUCUAGCAGUGAUGAUUUUACUGGGUUUCUUGAGAGAGCACUGGGUUCUGGUUCUUCGCAUUCCUCACCAGAUGAAGAAGCUGAUUAUGAGAGCGAUGAUGGAAGUGAGAGGAGUACAAAAAGGCGCAAGGUAGAGAAUCUUGGAAGCAUAGAGGAAACUCAUGGGUCCACUUCACAAGUAUUUGUAGAAGAAAACUCAGAAGCAUCCCCAAAGAAGGAUAUCUGCACUCAUCCCGGUUCAGUAAAAGAUUUGUGUAUAGUUUGUGGCCAGAGGGUGGAUGAAAAGUCUGGUGUGCCACUUGGGUACAUACACAAGGACUUCUGGCUUAAUAAUGAUGAAAUUGACCGGGUACGCAGCACAGACAUUAAGAAAUCGUUACACCUUAAGAAACUUUACUUGGUACUUGAUCUAGAUCACACACUGCUAAAUUCCACCCAUCUGAAUCAUAUGACGGCCGAAGAAGAAUAUUUACACAGCCAAACAGAUUCUCUGCAAGAUGUUUCAAACGGUAGCCUCUUCAGAGUGGACGUUAUGCAUAUGAUGACCAAGUUGAGGCCCUUUGUUAGGAAAUUUUUAAAGGAGGCCAGCGAAAUGUUCGAGAUGUACAUAUACACAAUGGGUGAACGAGCCUAUGCACUGGAAAUGGCUAAACUGCUUGAUCCCAGGAAAGAGUACUUUGGUGAUAGAGUGAUAUCACGUGAUGAUGGCACCCAAAAACAUCAAAAGGGUCUAGAUGUUGUGCUCGGGCAUGAAAGUGCUGCUUUGAUCCUCGAUGAUACAGAAAAUGCAUGGACAAAGCACAAGGACAAUUUAAUAUUGAUGGAAAGAUAUCAUUUCUUUAGAUCGAGUUGUCACCAAUUUGGGUUCCAUUGCAAGUCUCUUUCAGAGUUGAAGAGUGAUGAAAGUGAGCCUGAAGGAGCUCUUGCAACUGUUCUGGAAGUUCUUAAGCGAAUCCACAAUCUGUUCUUUUAUGAAUCGAAGGACAAUCUUAUUGACAGAGAUGUGAGGCAGGUGUUGAAAACUCUUCGGAAGGAAAUCUUAAAGGGGUGUAAAAUUGUUUUCAGCCGUGUUUUUCCUUCAAAAUUCCAGGCCGAGAAUCAUCAGCUGUGGAAGAUGGCAGAGCAGUUGGGAGCCAGUUGUUCAUCAGAAUUGGACCCGUUUGUGACACAUGUGGUUUCAACAGACGCUGGAACAGAGAAGUCUCGUUGGGCAGUGAAAGAGAAGAAGUUUUUGGUCCAUCCACAGUGGAUUGAAGCUUCAAAUUAUAUGUGGUUAAAGCAAGCUGAAGACAAGUUCCCUGUCAGGCAAACGAAAACCUAAUGAUCUCUUACUUCCGUGCUAACCGUGUCUUUUGUUGUGCAUAGUCAGUCUGGAAUAUUUUACUCCUCUCGUUCAGUGUAGACCAGUUGCUCCAUUGAUCUCGCUUAAUCAGCUCUCUCAAGUGAAGAGUACAUGGAGCCAGCCAACACUUAAUAGGGAGGGGAUCAUGGUCCCAGAAGUUAAUUCAAGUUGUUUAAUUUUCGUUGUUGAAUUGUUAUUACACUACAUAGAAAAGAUGUUCGCUGACUAGGUGGGGCAAUUUGAUAGUGGAUCUUUUGUCUCUAUCAUACGAAAUUUUGACUUGCU